AAAAAGUGGGCGAACAAAUCCAAAUACAUAGCCCAUCCCGAUAAGGCCUUCGACGUGGAGGAAGAUGCUCUUAUCUCCUCUCUAAGACUUAUCUCCUAAGCGCAACGUUGUCGGUGCCUAAGGAAAACCUGCGCCCUCUUUCUGUUCGAUCAAAUGCCUCACUGAGUUCUACGUAACCUUUUGGCCAGCAAUUCUUCUGAAAUUGCUGUUUCCAGAGCGAAGCAUGUCUACUACUAAGAUCUAUGUAAUAUAUUACUCUUUAUACGGCCAUGUGGAGACCAUGGCGCGGCAAAUACAGCAAGGAGCCAAUGCGAUUGAAGGCGUAGAAGCAACACUUUGGCAGGUGGCCGAGACGCUGCCCGGCAGGGUCCUGGAGAAGAUGAAGGCACCAUCGAAAACGGGUGACGUGCCAGUGAUCAGGCCGGAACAGCUUGCGGAGGCUGAUGGCUUUAUCUUUGGUUUCCCUUCUCGUUUUGGGGUGAUGGCAGCCCAAUUCAAAGCCUUUUUUGAUGCCACGCAAGAGCUCUGGGCUACGCAAGCACUGGCUGGCAAGCCUGCCGGAAUCUUUUGGAGUACUGGUUUCCAUGGGGGAGGCCAGGAACUCACUGCAUUGACAGCCGUAACCCAGUUGGCACAUCAUGGUAUGGUGUUUGUCCCGCUUGGUUACACCUUUGGGAGUGGCAUGUUUGAGAUGAAUGAGGUGAAGGGUGGAUCUCCUUACGGUGCUGGAACUUAUGCAGGAGAUGGAUCUCGUCAACCUACAGAGCUUGAACUCCAACAGGCCUUCCAUCAGGGUAAGUAUGUAGCUGAAGUAGCAAAGAAGCUCAAAAGCCGGGACAUUGGAGCUUCAAUUACUGGAAAUGAGACCCGCGCACAUGCAGACACACACACACACAGUGCAUGAAUCAUGUACAGAUCUACAUUUUCCAAUUGCAGUAAAUAUGUCUGCAAAGACCCCUUCAAUAUCAAUGAAAAAAAAAAAUAAUGACUGCAUUUAACAAAAUCA